AUGGGUGGCUUUCCGUUUGAGCGAACGACGGUUGACAGCUUUCUGUCACGUUACACGACGGAGACAUCGAUACCGACCGCAACGACGACGGUCUUGGCCGUGGAGGAGCUGUUCUACAACGUUACACCGUCAGCUGACUCGCUGCCUACCGCCAAUGGAACGCUGGACGUCCUGGCGGAAGAGUCGGAACCGACCUACUCGCUAGCGCAGAUUAUCAUCCUCGGCAUCAUCGCCACGGUGCUUAGUAUUCUCACCGUAGCCGGUAACGUGAUGGUGAUGAUCUCGUUCAAAAUCGACAAACAACUGCAAACGAUCAGCAACUAUUUUCUGUUUUCGCUCGCUAUUGCUGAUUUCGCGAUCGGGCUCAUAUCGAUGCCACUGUUUUCAGUCACCACGCUGCUCGGCUACUGGCCGCUUGGACCACACAUCUGUGACACCUGGUUAGCGCUGGACUAUCUGGCAUCAAACGCGUCCGUACUGAACUUAUUAAUCAUCAGCUUCGAUCGGUACUUUAGUGUAACGCGCCCACUGACUUACCGAGCGAAACGUACGACAACCCGGGCGGCCAUCAUGAUCGGUGCGGCCUGGGGAAUUAGUUUGCUGUUGUGGCCUCCCUGGAUCUACAGCUGGCCAUACAUCGAGGGCAAGCGAACGGUGCCCGAGAAGGAGUGCUACAUUCAGUUCAUCGAGACCAAUCACUACAUUACAUUCGGUACGGCGAUCGCUGCGUUUUAUGUGCCCGUCACCGUGAUGUGCUUCCUUUAUUAUCGGAUAUGGCGUGAGACGAAGAAACGACAGAAAGAGUUGAAAAAUUUAACGGGUGAUCGAAAAAAGGAUUCUUCAAAGCGGUCCAACUCAAGCGAUGAGAACACAGCGGUCAACCAUUCUGGGGGCCAUGUACUGCCUGCCAGUGUUGCCGAUCCGGACGGGUGGCGAAGACCGCGCAGUGAAUCUUCGGCGGACGCGGAAAGUGUUUACAUGACCAAUGCCGUGCUUCCGGAUGGUACUUACGGGCAUGGCAUGUUGUCCCGACGCUCAAGCAUCACUAUGAACGGAGUCCCGAAAAAGCCGACCACCUUCUUCGGCGGCAUCAAGGAUUGGUGCAUCGCGUGGUGGCAUUCCGGGCGUGAGGACUCCGAAGACUACGGGUAUGACGUCGAAGAACCUUCGGACUUAGGAUGCACCUCAUUGAAUGUGAUUCGCGAUCCAUACGUGGCCGGAAGCGGAGGUCGUAGUAACGUUGUCAGCAUGAUCCCGGACAUUUCGCCCACACCGAUACGGCCCGCUUUGCCACCAUUAGCCCAUCUGCAAGAUAUGCAUGGUGCGCGAGACUCACGCUCGUUACCGAACAGCAACCGUUUGGGAUCGCGUUCCGUCAGUCAGGAUUCGGUGUACACCAUCCUUAUCCGGCUGCCACCUGAGGGUGGUUCGGGAGACGAACGUGCACCGUCGAUCAAGAUGAUACAGGACGACGUACCGAUGUCGAUGACGGUACCACCGAGACGUCCGUUACCUUCGCGCGAUUCCGACUACAUCAUACCGGUUGCAAAUCGUCGCCAAUCAACCGCCACCACCGAUUUCCGGUUACCGCUGUCGGCGAAAAUCAUCUCGAAGCCACUGUCCAAGCAGCAGCAGCAACUGCACCAAGCAAACCUCGCCCAAACGGCGCGCCAGGUGAAGAAGAAGAAAAAAUCCCAAGAAAAGCGCCAAGAAACGAAGGCAGCCAAAACGCUGUCCGCCAUCUUGCUCAGCUUCAUCAUCACCUGGACGCCGUACAACAUACUGGUGCUGUUAAAGCCGCUUACCGCGUGUGCGAAGUGCAUCCCUCAGGAACUGUGGGACUUUUUCUAUGCUCUUUGCUACAUCAACUCCACCAUUAACCCGGUCUGCUAUGCACUGUGCAAUGCCUCGUUUCGACGGACGUAUGUACGCAUCCUGACCUGCAAAUGGCACACACGCAACCGGGAAGCGAUGACACGCGGUGUGUAUAACUAA